CCUCUGGAUACAGACAACAAAAAUGGAGUUGCGAACUUGCCGAUUGUCAUCUAUAGAAAAGUAGAUUUAAUACCUCGUUGCAACGCCUAGUACGUAGCUAACGAUACACGUGUGGUAGAAUUAUUCAGCUAAAUUGUAUUCCUCGUGUUUUCUAUUGACCGACGUUGGUGAUAUCGUGAACAAACGCGUCCUGCUCUCUGGCUAAGUUGGUUAGCCUCGGCUAGUUCACUGUCGUUUCCGCUUCAGUAACAUGGAAAAGGGGGAUUUCCUGAAAGGCCUGCCGGUUUAUAACAAGAAUAACUUCAGCAAGUUCCACGCGGACUCCGGCUGUAAAGCUGCAAACCGCAGACCUGCUGUUUACCUGCCAACACGGGAGUACCCGUCACAACAAGUUAUUGUCACUGAGAAGACAAACAUCCUGUUGAGGUACCUUCACCAGCAGUGGGACAAGAAGAACUCGUCUAGAAAGCGAGAGCAGGAAGACGGAGAGAAUAAUGCACCACCCAAAAAAAUGGCCAGAACAGAGAGCCGUGAAGAUUCGUGAAACGCUGAAGUAUGAGACUGAAAACAGACUCUGACAAGCACAUGACAUGUUUUGAUGGCUGCUUCAGGGGCAAGACACAUCUGCAGCCUCCUACAGAGUUCCUCUGUAGCACUCUGUAGCAGGCUGCGUCCACACGCUUGUUGUAUUUGUUUGAAACCUCACUCUGGCAUUACAACCCAAGAGUUAGCUUUGCCUCACACCAGUUUUGUUUUACACCACAACAGCAGUAUCUCAAGGGUAAUGUUUGUAUUAGUUUUCAUUGUAGUCUGUCAGUACUGAUGCACCCGUUCAAAUAUUAUAGCAUUUCAGCUUACUUCCACUGUGACGUCCUUCUUUGGUGUCCCUGUUAUGCAUGUGUUCUUCUUCAUCUGGGUGUCUCUUCGUUCAUUCUAAGGAAGGUUUGUAGUGAAAUACAUAUCACUGAAGGAUGAAGGAAACUCCCAAUUGAUGCAAUUUCAUAACAUGAUGCAUGUGCCACCUCAUUUAGAAAAGAUUGUCAAAAUGUAGACAUUUUUGUCAUCCAAAAUGGACAGUUUUGAUAAAGUGUCUUGGUUUUAUUUAUUUGUUUCUCUAUGCUUAAAUAGCUCUAUAAGAAAAUAUAUUGUGGGCUGUUCUGCGAUAGAAUGACAUAAGCAUUGUGAUACAGAACUAGGAAUAAAUGAGGAAAUAUAGAGGGGAAGCGUUUGGAAUAAUCCAAAGGUUAGUGUUUUGCAUUGUGAUAUAAAUCCACGGUAAGGUGUGGUUUAAGGAUUUAGAAAUAGCAUUAAUGCAUAACAAGGCUACAACCAUAAUUUAUUUCUAUGUUUUCACAGUGAUGUGAUUCAGUUGUCUGUUCGCAUUGAUUUUAUUCUGUGAAUGUUCGUUGACUGAAGAAAUAUUUUUGUCAAUUACAGAUGUUAUGGUUUUUUGCAAGAAAAUGUUAAGCUGAAUAUUAAAACAAGGCAAGCUUA